CAAUUAAUUCAGACAAUUCAUUCUCGUUGAACGAAACAGCACCCAAAGAGAAAGAAAAAUGUGUUCAGAUCUUGAGUGCGGAAUUUGUUACCGAAGCUACAACACCGCCCGUCGGUGUCCUCGUGAGUUACAGUGUAAACACAGCUUUUGUGAGCGCUGUCUGGUGACUCUUUCCCAAUCCUCAGUGUGUGAAGUGGAAUCCACGAAGGAAUGUUCCACGCAGGACAAGACAAUUGUUUGCCCACUCUGCCGAUACCCGACCUCUGUAUCGGGAAAAGUGAGGGCAGCGCUUCGGGUAGACGAAAGUGUUCUAGAGCGCAUGGUGGUAUCUGACGUUCUCGGGGAAAGCAUGACAGACGACGAGGGGGAUAGUGAGGGGAAGGAGGAUGACAAUGAGACUCCCCAUGAGAACUCAGCUGUGGAAAGGGGUUCCAGAGGUGGAAGGUUCCGCCGUUCGCUGAGGCGCGUCUGGGGCAAAUUCACUGGGAAUCAUUCCCAAAGGAGAGCGGAUUGUAUGACUGAUGAGGACCUACGAGACCUCUUCAUGAUGUCAUGCUAUACCAUUUGAUGCGGACUUCAUUGAUUGGAAAGUGAUCAGGGCUGCGUUCAGUACGUUUUUACGUUCUGGCACGUUCAGUUGAACGGAUCCGGUGCUGUACUGAACGACCAGUUGAAAAACCGGGUUGGAGAAAGCUGUCGGCAUGGCCACUGCCCUUUAAAUAUGUCACACAUUGCUUCAAGCCACACCUCGCCACACCCACCAACGGGAGCCACCCUACCUCAGUCUGUUCAAUAACGUUUUAGGGGAAACGUGUCAAUCGGUACAAACCGUUCCGUAACUUAGCAAACGUUCGAGCGAACUGAACGCACCUCAGUGGCACCUGAUUGAUCAGAGAGGGGGCGUUGCCGUCCACGAGCCUACACUACAGUAACCCAUUUGGACUGUAGAAGACUGGCGGGUCCAGUUGGAAGUUGGAGCAAGCAGUAAUAUGUAUUCUAUAUAAUAGCCAAGGCCUCUGUGUCCAUUUCUUCACACAUACAUGUAAUAAUUGGUGGUUCCCAAACACAUAAUGGUAACAGAAUUGUAAAGACUAUAGGCUGUUCUUUGAAGCCAUUGGGCUACUGAAUGAAAUAGUUUUUAUCUAAAAUUGUAUUUUUUUGUGCUUUGAAGUAGCCUAUGGCUUUCCAUUUCCAACUAUUAGAAUGUGUUGAAUUUUGUUGGUGCUCAGUUCAAGAAAAAACUACUUGAAUGUAGUGUAUUUAUUAAAUUCACCUUUAUUGAUUGUGUGUGAUAUUUUGCACCUUUGUUUUGUUGUAAUAAAACAUGUUAUUGUUUUGUUAAUUUUCUUCUCUCGCCGGGAUAAAUGGCUUGCAGUAGUAACUAAUGCUUGCUUUUUCGCUGAAGAAUAAGUUAAUAAAUAAUACUGUUCUGAA